GCCGAGAGCGCUGGGACAGGACGGCUGUACAUGUAGAGGGUCUCUGCAUAGCGACGCGCGAUCUCGCUGGGCCAUGGCAGCCCCUCCGGCCAAAGAGAACGCAGAGCAAUCAGAGGAAAGUGACCUCCUGCAGCUCCCUGUAUCCCCCAAGCCCGAGGAUGAGCAGAGCAGGAGCCAGAGCCCCACCCAGCUCCAGGACUCCCCUGAGGCAGGUGGGGAGCAGGAGGAGGAACAGGCCUUCCUGGUCAGCCUCUACAAGUUCAUGAAGGAGCGACACACGCCCAUCGAGAGGGUGCCCCAUCUUGGCUUCAAGCAGAUUAACCUGUGGAAGAUCUACAAGGCAGUGGAGAAGCUGGGGGCCUAUGAGCUGGUGACAGGCCGCCGCCUCUGGAAGAACGUGUAUGAUGAACUUGGAGGCAGCCCCGGCAGCACCAGUGCAGCCACAUGCACACGCCGCCACUAUGAGAGGCUGGUCCUCCCAUAUGUGCGGCAUCUGAAGGGGGAGGACGACAAGCCACUGCCCCCUACCAAGCCCAGGAAGCAAUACAAGAUGGCCAAGGAGCUGAGGGGAGAUGAUGGGACCGGUGAGAAGCUGAAGAAAGCCAAGGACUCAGAGGAGAGGCGGGUGGAGCAGACCACGCCAGGAAAGACCAAAUCAGAUGCCACGGGCCAGACACAGCCUCCCUGCCAGGGACCCUCGAGGGAUGGCACAGAACAGCCGGGCCCAGUGUCUGGGCCCUCUCCACCACUCACGGGUGCCAGUAGCUGCCCCGAGGCCUACAAGCGGCUCUUGUCCAGCUUCUACUGCAAAGGGGCGCAUGGCAUCAUGUCACCACUGGCCAAGAAGAAACUCCUGGCCCAGGUCAGCAAGGCGGAGGCCUUGCAGUGCCAAGAAGAGGGCUGUCGCCAUGGAGCACGGAGUCCCAACAAGGACAUUCAAGAAAGUCCCCAGAGCCUAAGAGGGCCGGCUGAGAACUCUGAACACCAGCUAAGCCCCCGGGAAGGAUUGCAGGCCCCCGGUGGGAGCACCAGGAUGGAGGCCCAAGUGGGCCCCUGCCCUACAGCCCCCAUGUUCUCAGGCUCUUUUCAUGCGUACCCCACCGAAGUGCUGAAGCCUGUCAGCCAACACCCCAGGGACUUCUUCUCCGGCCUUAAAGACGGGGUGCUGUUGGGACCACCUGGUAAAGAAGAAGGCCCGACAACCAAAGGGUCCCAACUGGUGUGGGGUGGGGAUGCCAACCGCCCCUCUGCAUUCCAUCGAGGCAGCACAAGAAAAAGAAGUUUCUACCCCAAACCCAAAGCCUGCUGGGUGUCCCCCAUGGCCAAGGUCCCUGCUGAGAGUCCCGGAGCCCCAUCCCCUCAUCCCAGUAGCCCAGGUCUUGGCAGUAAGCGCGGCUUGGGAGAAGAUGGAUUUGCUCAUGGUGGCAAGAAACUGAGGGCAGUGUCUCCCUUUCUGAAGGAGGUGGAUGCCAAGGAGUCUGGGGGCAAGCCUGCCGCCCCUGGCUUGGCUGUAUCCUGUCUACUGGGCCCAACCCCAGGGCCCACUCCUCCCGAGACCUACAGGGGCACCAUGCUGCGGUGUCCUCUAAACUUCACCAGUAGCGCAGACCCUCUGAAGGGCCAGGCCUCACUCCCCUUCAGCCCCCUGGUCAUCCCCGCUUUCCCAGCCCACCUCCUGGCUACAACAGGCCCCUCACCUAUGGCUGCCAGCCUGAUGCAUUUCCCUCCCACGCCCUAUGACGCUGUCCUCCGCAACAGACUGGGUCCAGCUUCGUCUGCCUGGCACAUGCCGCCUGUCACAGCCUACGCGGCACCUCACUUCUUCCACCUCAACACCAAACUGUAGGCCGGAGCCUAUCCUGCUGUGCUGUGGAGGAUGUGAUGGGGCCUCAGGUGGGCAGCUGCUGCCAUGUAUCUCAGGCCUGCGCCGGCUGCCCAGAUUCCGAAGCCAGUGAGCCUCCCCAAGUCUGUCUCCCUGAUACAGAUGGCGGGGAGGCAGUGGGGCUUGUCUGAAUGAAGCAGCCUGUCCCCAAAACCAAGGGACCAAGUUGUGGUAAGAUCACGAAGGUACCUGAGGUGGUAUUUUCUCUCCACUGAGAGGCUGGGGAGCUCGUUGGCAGCUCAAGGCAUCCGGGUUGGCCAUGAAAGACCCAAUAAAAAGACACUGGUGUGACUGCACUCAGCCCUGGGGUGUAGAGCACUGGACGUUUGCAAGGGGAGGUGAGGCAGGAGCGAGCGUGUAGGUGUGGUGACCAGUGUGGGAGCAAAGAUGACACAAGGCCACUCUGGCCUGGAUGCCACCAUCCCACUGGAGGGGUAGCAGGGCCAGAGCCAAACUCAGCCUCUUGUGCACAGAUGAACAGUCGUGACGCCUUUCGCUCCAGCUCCAGCCUCGGGGCACCUGACUGUUGAGGCUGCCACGGUGCCAAAGCCCUGAGUACACAGGUGACCCGUGAGACAAGACGGAGGGGCUGUGUCACUGCAACCCUCUGAGCUGAGCCACACACUCCCGUCCCAGAAGGCCUCGAGUCUUUCAGUGAAGGGCAUCGCUUGCUCUGAGAGGGUCUUGCUGUGUUGCUCAGGUUAGUCUCGGACUCCCAACCUAAAGAAUUCCUGCUGCGGCCUUCUCAGUAGCUGGAGCUACUGGUGUGAACCUGUGAAGAGGGGAUUUGUGGGUGCUCACAUAAAACCCAAGUGAAUCUGUUCUGGAGGUGGACAGAGCUGUGAGCCCAGCUGCCUAUGGUGUUCCCAAUGAGUAACCUGCCACAUUCACACCUAUUUUCCUGCUCUACAUAUUGGACUACAUAUGGGGUGAGGGGUAGAGGGGACCCACCUCUACCUGUGAACCUGUUGCCAAGUCACAGUGAUAUUUACCUGUGGUUGCUCCAGGCGCCCACGCCUACCUUGGACAUGGCUUGCUCUGCCAGUCCCAAGGAGACUGUCAGUAGUGCUUCACACCAUUCCUGGAAAGGCAGUGCCACCGUGGACCAGAGAUGCCAGUGAGCCAAGUCAACAGAUGGUUACUGACCUACAUCAUGGGAACUCACCCUGUUCCUGACCUCAGGCCAUGGGUAGGAGGGCAAGGUUUUAUGGCCCCCUUAGUUCACAGGAGGCAUGGCCAAGGCCAGAGACAGGAAGUGUCAUUGAGAAUAUCUGGCUCUGGGAAAUGGGUGGCCAGGGGAAAGCAGCUGCCUGUGGAAAGGAGCUGGGACACAGGUGUCCUCCAGGACCAGGUAGCCAGAGGGUAGGGGUCCCACUGAUGCAUCUUGCAACUCCCCACCUUCCUUCUGGAGCUACCAGCCUGAGUAUUCAGAUUACCAGCCCUGAGCUCUCGGCGACCCCACUGCACCCAGUGCUACCCUACCGUCUGUGAGCUCUUACAGCCCGUGAGGAGGGAUUCUAGGCUAGCAAAUGCCCUGGCUGUUGGGCUGCACACCGUGGGGUCAGGUCCCAAGAUAGACAGAGGGAUCCCCUUCAUCUACAAAGUAACACUAGUCUCAACCUGCUCAAAGGUGGCGCGUGACAGCCUGAUACGGUAGCUUGUUCUAAGCUGCAGGAACGGCGCCCUCUGCAGGUUCAUCUGGAGAAUGCACAGCUGGGAGGGUAGGGUGUGUGGCUUUCUGGGCUGGACUCUACUACCUCUGCUUCAGCAAAGACUCUAGAAAUGAAUGCACGUCAGGCUUCCUGGGAAACCUUGGGACUUUGCACCCAUGCGCUAGCCCCACACGAUUCUCCUUCCUUCUAUGAAUGAGAGAACUGAGCUCAGAGGCGACUCCAAACACCGUGGUACACACACCUUCCUAUGUUCACUCGUGUCCCUGACAGUUUUCCCCCAGAGGAUCCACAGGCCAGCAGAGCUCUUGGAGUCUGUGUCCAGGCCAUAACUUGUGGUCUGAGCCUACUUCCAAAUCAUUCGUAACUUUUUUUUUUU